ACAGAAGACCUGAGCGAGGCCAGGCGACGCAAGGCGAGGCGGGGAGGGGCUCCUUGAAGGAAUACAGCCGGCGCUCCAGCGACUCGGGAUGCCGAGUUCGCUGUUCGCCGACAUGGAGCGCAGCGGCAGCGGCGGCGGCGGCCAGGGGGACGCGCUGGACGAGCAGAGAGCGCUGCAAAUCGCGCUGGACCAGCUCUCCCUGCUCGGCUUGGACGCCGAUGACAGCGCGCCUUAUGACGGCGAACCCAGGAAGAAGAGCGUCAACAUGACCGAAUGCGUGCCCGUGCCCAGCUCCGAGCAUGUGGCCGAGAUCGUGGGCAGACAAGGCUGCAAAAUCAAAGCCCUCCGAGCAAAGACCAACACCUACAUCAAGACCCCGAUGCGCGGGGAGGAGCCCGUCUUCGUUGUGACGGGCAGGAGGGAGGAUGUAGCCAUGGCCAGGAGGGAGAUCAUCUCGGCCGCUGAGCACUUCUCCAUGAUCCGGGCCUCCAGGAACAAAAAUGGUAGUACGAACGGGACUGGCACCCUGCCUGGACCGCCAAACCUUCCAGGUCAGACCACCAUCCAGGUGCGGGUUCCCUACAGGGUGGUGGGCCUAGUGGUGGGGCCCAAGGGGGCCACCAUCAAGCGCAUCCAGCAGCAGACGCACACCUACAUCGUGACGCCCAGCCGCGACAAGGAACCUGUGUUCGAGGUGACGGGCAUGCCGGAGAAUGUUGACCGGGCGCGGGAGGAGAUCGAAGCCCAUAUCGCCGUGCGAACGGGCGGGCUCGUCGAGCUGGCUGACGAGAACGACUUCCAUGCCAACGGCACAGAUGUGGGCUUCGACCUGCAUGGCCACACCGGGCUAUGGAGCCGGCCCACCGGCGCACGCAAGACCUUCUCCAGCUACCGCAACGACAGCUCCAGCUCACUGGGCAGCGCCUCGACCGACUCCUACUUUGGGAAUGGCAGCAGCUCCCGACUCACCGACUACAGCCCCCCCAGCCCGGAGCUGGGCUAUAGUGCCGCCAGCAACGCCAACAACAACAACAACAACCAUGUCCUCAGCGUGAAUGGCAACAGCAAUGGAUUUGUCUACGGGAGCGAUGUCAUGUCCCCUGACUGCACUGAUGUGGCCUUUGAGCCUUCGCCGGGAUUCGACCCCACGCCCACUCCACCCGGGUUGGUUUGGUCGCAGUACGACCGCGGCGUGGCCCCCUCCUCCAGCCCCACAGGCUCAGUGUUUCCCCCCGGCACCUCCGCCAUUACUGGGGGCAUGGUGGGCAGCCAACGGAGGUCCAGCGGGGUGACCCCCCAGCCCAGGCUGUCCCCACCGCUGCACCACGCCACUGGGGUCGGAGAGCACCCCCUGACCCGCCGAGUGCGCAGCGACCCCGGGGGAGGCGCUCUGAGCCUCCCCGGCUACGGUCCCGCUUCCCACCUCCCCGGGGUGCCCUCCGACUCGUCAGCCUCCUCCACAUCAAGCUCGUCGUCCGGCACGAGCCGGAAGGGCAGCCGGGACUGCUCGGUGUGCUUCGAGAGCGAGGUGAUCGCCGCCCUGGUGCCCUGCGGACACAACCUGUUCUGCAUGGAGUGUGCCAACCGCAUCUGUGAGCGCAGCGAGCCCGUCUGCCCCGUCUGCCACACUGCAGUCUCUCAGGCCAUACGCAUAUUCUCUUAGGACGCCCCGUGUCCUCGGCAGCGGCGGCAGCAGCUCCGACUGCGUUCCACACGCAUGGAUUCCGUAUGUGUGCACAUGUACAUUUCUGUAUGUAUGUUUGUAUGUAUGUAUGUUCGUAUGUAUGUAUUUAAAGCUGCAGUAUCCAAAAAAGGGAAGCCCGGUAGGGUUCCACAGUUACUUGUUUAUAAUGUACUGUAGCUUUGGGAAAUAUUUUCAACAUCUAAUGCAUGGUCUAAAUAUUUGAGCAUAGUAAUUAGUAGUUCUGAUAAAUUGUCUCAUAUAUUGAGGUUAUAGACAGGAUAGAGGUUAUGACUGAGGUACUCAUUUCAGUUAGAGGCUGUUAAUAAAACUGACCUUCCAGUUUCAUUGGUUGAGUACACUGGUAGGACAGUUAACAGUCGGUGUU